AUGCUCGAGGCAGAGGUCGCACUCGCCAGAGCUUGGUACCAGUCUCGGGACGAUCAGGCUCAGGAUGAAGAGGUGCCUGAAUACCUGCGCGAGCAGCGCCCGGAAGUUCCCGAUACCGAGCAGCCCUGUUAUUCCACCAUCAAUAGUCGCGAGGCGGCAGACUCACAGCCAGAGCUGCCGUGGGACGAUUCGCCGAGAGAGUUUCCCUUCACGUCGACAUGUCUUCUCCUGGGGCUGCUGCAUGACGAUGGCUUGAACGAGACUCGCCCAGGCGAUAUCCAGCUGCAGCCGCUUGAUACUGUAUUCCGUGGGACAUCACUAGAGUAUGGAAUGGCCGUGCUGGACAUAUCAAAUCUCGAUCAAGUAAAGUACGGCAUAAUCGCUUUCCCCAUCCGGUAUAUGGCCGAGGUCUACUAUCGUGGAGAAGAGUUCGGCUGGGAUCCCGUCGAGGAUGAUCCGCCGACGGAAGAGCCCGUUGCCGUCGCCAUGGAAGUACGACCUCGCGCUCUCUUGUCUAUCCUUCAGAACCUUAAAACGUUUUACUACACGGUAAACUUGCAAAAUGAGUCGCACGUCCUUGAGUUGGAGCAAAAGCCGCUGGCUGAUGGAAGGGUCCUUGAGUAUCUCUGGCCGGGGAAGUCUACCGCCGGCGAUGAUGACUUGAAACAGAGGGUCAGGUCUCUCGGGACGGCUGAUAAACCGCACAACGCACAAAUCGACCGCGCGAUCGAUAACCUGUUGAUCCUUACACAGAGCAACCUCAGCCUCGACGCCUGGACCAUCAGCAAAUUUCAGAAGCUGGCCGAAUUCCAGAGUCAGCUGCGCAGGCGACUCGAAGAAACUCCGGACAGCUUAGGCCCUUCAGAGGCCGCAGGUCACAUACUUCGGAUCGCGUAUUCUGGGCACAACAGCCUUCACUGGGUCUUGUUCAAGAACAUCUCGUACGAGGCGGUCGCCGCCGCCAUCAUGUCUGACGAGCUCCGAGGGGCAGUUGUGCUGAGCCUUUGCGUGGACGACUUGAAGGGGGAGUUUAGCGUUCUGCGGUCCGCUAUAUCACGUAUUCCAUCCCUCAAACAUCUCUGUCUACUAAGAGACCCGGACAGAGAGAACGAUGACGCGAGCGAUCACCUCUGCCGUCGGCUUUUUGAGCUGUCGCGCCAGGAUUUACUGUUUCGUGACAAAACAGUCUAUCUAUCGUCCAAUUUCUCAACGCCGUUGAACCGAGUUCAAUGGCUUCCAAGCGAAGACUGUCUUCCCUUACAAGUCUUGCCCACGAUUCACGUUCUCGCGCGGCGAGAGGGAAAGGUUGGGGAUGGUGAGUCUGUUCAGCACACUUGCCAUUAUCUCGGCGAUGGUCUUUUCGGUGCAGAGCGCUUUGCUGUCGGAUUCUUAACAUAUCUGCAGUCCAUCGGGUCGAACAGAGAGAUGCUACAGUUCGCAUGCGGACCACCAACACUCAGUACUUACGAGUCAAGUCCUUCGGCAAAGAGGCUGGCCGUAUCGCCCAUCCCGGCCGCGGCCUGUGCGAUACCAAAGACGGAUGGCGAGCACAUCAUCAUGGGAGCUGGUAGCUGGGUGGUUAUAAUGGACGUGGGCCGUUAUUCGCACCGCACCAAACGCAAUGUCUCACCAGAUGCAGCCAUCAUUCGAUACGCUUUCCUCAAGGCAAACCAAACCGUCCGGGCUUCUGGAGCUUUCGAGCCUGAUACAGCAGCGACCGAAGCCAUCGAAGUGGUAGGAGGGCUGGGAGCAUUCAUGCGCGAAGAAGUGCCCGGUGUCGACGACACGUUAGUCGAAAGAUUGCUCGGAGACGCCGAGGACGCUGUCGCCCGUCGCUUUCAGGCAAGGCCGGCAUCGAAUGCAAGAAGUAUCGACGAGAUGGACGAAACUAGUGCUCGAGCACUAUUUAAUCGCAUGCUACAAAAUCUGGACAAAUCACCUCCAAAGACUGAUGUUUAG